AUGAGGGGCGAGUCGGCGCGACCCGGUAAGCGCCCUUUAAGGGCGCUCUCCGCGUCAGAGAAGAUGGACGCGAUCCAGAGGGUUCACGAAGGUGAGAGUAAAGCGUCCGUCGCUAGGGAUAUCGGUGUGCCGGAGUCGACGUUACGUGGAUGGUGCAAGUCCGAGCAUAAGAUUCGUGGUAUGGCGAGGAAUUCAUCGACACCUGACAGCGAGGCACAUUCACCAGCGUCGUCGUCUGGCGCGAACGUCGCAGCCGGUAAUCUAGCCGGCGGAUCGGCGAAUCUGUCCAGCGAAGACGAGGGUCCCUGCGUGAAAAAGUCGAAGAUGGAUCAACAGACGUCGGUAACUAGUGCGGGUACAUCGUUCGUAGGUGACGUUUGUACCGACUCGGAUGGUAAGCAGGACAACAAACCGAAGAUCGAUUACGUAGGACUGAUGACCAGCAUGGCGGGCAUGAGACCCGAAAAUAGUUCACUGCUGCUACAACAACUGGGCCUGUUGUCUGGCGCCACAGGUACGCUCGCGAAGAAUCUUUUGAGUAUGUCGCCGUCGUUGUCGCAUGGCAGCACUGUCGGUCUGGUGGAAAACGGUCUUCAGUAUACUAAGAACACCGGUAACGCCUGUAUUACGAACGCGUCUAAUAAUUUGAACGGCGGCAGCAACAAGAGGCAUAGCAUCUCGGCGAUCGCACCUGCACAGAUGGAUUCUGUAGUGGCGAAAUCAUGCGGCACACGAAAGAGUCUACCACCGGCGGCGGAAGCACCGUCGACACCUGUUCCCGCUAGUCCUAGAAAGACGAACGAGAACAACAGUAUUCAACGGUCGUCGAGCAAGCCGAAGAAGGACGGGAACGUGAGCAGCGGGAACAAGAAGGUGGACGAGGCGUUAUGGUUGUGGCUGACGCAGCAGCAACAGCUGCUCGGUCAACAGUCGGCUAGUUUCAACCCAAGCAUCAAUCAGCAGGAUGGCUCGUGGUUCUGGCAGUGGUACAAGCAGUGCAGCUUCCCUAUGAUAACGCCGACUACACCUCUGGCGCCCAGUCCGGUGGCGAAAAAAUCGCCGAGCAAGGCGAGAGCUAUGUUGGACAAUGUAUUGUGCAACAACAACAACGAGAACGUGAAACGUAGCUUGAACAUGGACGAGGAAUCGGCAGCAACGGAGGACGGGGUUGAGACUAAUGCUGCAGAUGUACCGAGUAGCACAGAGGAGGCGAUCGAGCACGGCGAGAAGUUCUUCAAGUGGUUGGACAAAUGCUCCGAGCCGGCGGUCACCAGGCUUCAGAUCAUACAGUUCAAAUAUCUGUUGGACAAUCUGAAGGCGUGUAGGAAGAAAUCGUCGUCUAGCUCGAAACAAAGCAGAAAGUAGGCGAGAGGGAGGAGAGAGAGAGUGAGUGUGAGAGAGAGAUAGAG